CAAGAGUCUUCGUGGUACGCGUUACUUGAUGGCAAUAUCGCCAUCCAGGCCCAAAAUGAAAACAAUGACACAGACUACACUCUCUCCGUCCUUUCACUCGAUUUCUAUUACCCCCAUCAAACACAUUCCAAGCCCCUUCCCUGCAGCUUUUUCCAUUCUUGUGGAGCAGCCUUGAUUUGCAUCGUUGAUCCUCAUCAUACACUCUGCACUGUCAUAAGCCGGCAUGACCAUGGAACCAUCUGCCCUUUUGAGGUGCAUACACAUCAACCGUCGCCCGAAUGAUGAUCUAGCCCCUCAAACCCAUGAGAAGGAGAUCGAACUCACACACAGUCCUCACUUACUACUCCCUCCAGAAGAUAUGAACUCACAGAGAAAGUUUUCCUACGCUUCGGUCAAAGAAGAGCAAGGAGAAGGUGUCCCCCAGUCAUUCGAGUCCUCCCUAUCGAGCCGAGACCUUGAAGAGGUCGAAUGGAUAGCGUGGCCAUGCAGUCACUGGUGCAGGACGAAGGGACUCUGUUCUUACCAUUUCGGUGGUUCGCAUGAUGAGUACAUCCGUACGAGACUCGAAGGCUACGCUCGCAGCAAUCCGAGGAAGCUGGAGAAGAUCCUGGACGAACUGGACAAGAGACGGGCAGCACAGAAGUUGUUUAACCUUCCCGAUGCCAAAGAGAUCACUCAGUUCCAUCCUCGCCCGGCCAGUUUUAGUCUCGAGGUUUGGAGGGAAAAGGUCAGAGAUGCAGUAGGCACACACGACUUCACCCUCGACAACCUCGACGAAACGGCCAUUAUCGACGACGACGAUACUCUGUCGCAAACUUCGUGUUCCAGACCUGCGUCAUACCUCGAGUCCAUGCCGAUUGAGAUCCUGGAGAUGAUUUUGUCCCGAGUCACAGUCGACCACACAGCCGAUCCCUAUGCACGACCACAUGUCGAUCUUGCAUCCUGCUCACUGGUCUGCAAGAAGCUUUAUGCUGCCGCAGUGAGAGUGAUGUACAGACACGUUUCCAUCCCUCAGUCUCGAGCCUUCUCCAAACUCAUGCGCAGUCUCAACAACGACAAAUCCCUCGGCGAACUGGUCCACUGGCUUGACUUUUCCCAUUAUUCAAACAUGGGUUUCGGCAAGGCUCGCUCAGCACGCAAUCAGACGCCCUUCCUCAAACCCGAAACACUCCUAGCUUGUCUAGACAUGAUCCCCAACCUUCAAGCAUUCCUUGUACACGAGCAUGUCGAUGACGAACUCGACGUGGAUAUCUUCCGCAAGCUCUUCAGCAUGCCGCUUCUGCAGGCUCUCGAUCUAUGCGCUUGCUCCUCCCGGCCUUUCGCUGAUGCCUUCACCAAUAUUGUGACACAGGCAACACUCCCCUCAGCCCUUCCCAGUCUUCAACGAGUGUCCUUGCACGAAUGCACUACACUGCAAGAAGAAGUUUUUGAAGCGCUUCUUCCACGCCUUACGAACCUCACACACCUUGACGUGGCGCACACACUAAUCAACGACACCGCACUCCUCUCGAUUCCCCCAACAGCCAAGAUUACCCAUCUCAAUAUCGAGCGCUGCACCCACCUCACGGGCUCUGCCGUUGUAGAUUUCCUUACUACGCAUCCAGCGGUCAAAGACAGCAUUGUCUACCUCAACCUCGCAGCGGAUGCCUCACGCCACAGGCUUCUAACAUCGAGCGACCUGACACUCCUCCUUUCUGCUUUGCCGUCGACAUUACGCUCACUCAACAUCAAUGGCGCGAGAAUUAAUCCAAGCCAUAUCUCAGCGCUAAGGAUGCUAGCAGGUCACGUCGAAGAGCUGGGUCUUCGUGGAGCACAGCUAAGUCUAGCUAGCGAUAUUAAGCCUCUCCUCAAACAGCCCCAUGCAAUCCGGUACUUGGACCUAGCCGACAUCAAGUCUGUCACACAGAUGAGUCUAAGCUACAGUCCCAGCAGUCUUACCGACACCGAUACGCUACCCUUGGAAGUGAUCGAGCUAGGCCAAGAUGUGCUCGGCGAAAUCAAGCGUAGAAACGCACAUGUGAAGAAGCCUGACUGGGUUGUCAAAGAGCUCGGGCGACGUGGUUGGUUCGUCAGGCAGCCGGUAGCUGUCAAUGACAACACAAGCGAACAAGAAAAGGCACAGGGCCAGGUCGAAGUCGACGAUGGGUCCCGAUCAUGGAAGAUGGGAGCGCGAUGGUGGGGAAUGCGCAAGAUUCCUGUCGUUGAGCAGGAUGUCGGUGGUAUGUACGGGUAUUUCAUGUUUAAGAGAUCGUGAACAGCCAGGGUUUCAUGCACACCAAUACAGUCGAAGCAUUACCUGUGCCUUCCAGUACGGUGGAAUAGUCACGGUCAACAUUACACGAAUUUUGAUUCUACGACAUUGCGAGUUUUGGGUUCACGGUUACCAGAAAAAGUUUGGGAGCAUUCGAAUUGAUAUUUCAGCAUCAGCGUUGCAUGCAAGAGCCGUGAAACGGGAACAAAUUUUGUUGGUUGCUAUUCUUUCUCUCUUCGGCAAAGCAUGGCAUAGCAUGAUGAGCGAUAUUUGUGUUUGGGUUCUACAACGAAAUGGGUUGCUUUUGGAAACAUUUCUUGGCUGCAUGGACACAGACACGAUCUAUAUGAAAUGGAAAGACAAGGGGUCACAUGCAUGGGGAAACGAAAUAAUGAAAAUCGAAACGGACAUUAUGAGUAUGAUCAUUAGGAUGGAGUCUGUGUAGAUGCAUAAACACGGCAGAUCAUGUGUCGUGUGGUUUGUUAUAGCGGAUUAUUUUUUCUCGUAAUAUGUAAUCUUCUCGACUCUUGAAUCAAGCCCAAAAUCUACGAG